UCUUUCUCCCAGAUUUGGCACUUGUCUCAAGCACAAGUUUCAUUCCUUCACUCUCGCCUCACUCUAUCUCAGACACCCAUUUUUCCUUCCCCUUUUUCUAAGCCUAAGUCCAGCUCAUACCAAACCCACACCCCUUUACUUACCCACUUCACGACCAACUUCUUCUUCUUCUCUCUCUCUCUCUCUCUCCAAUGCAAGCACAUUUGUAAAACGAAGAGAGAGAAACAGGAAGAAAAAAAAGAGAGAAAAUCAAAUGCCUUGCUAUAGAUCCCAAUAAUUAUUACAAGGAAAGCCACUGAAUCCCCGGGAAUCCGAAAUUUUGCCCCCAAAAAUGGGCGGUCUCAGAGAAUCGUGGUGUUUCUGCAAGGGAGUGAGCAAGUCCGAGAGGAUGAAAGCCGCCAUUUUCUCCGGCAAGGCUCCGGCCAUGGCCACAACCUCCGGCGCCGCCAAUGAGAUCUUCGGCACCGGAUUCUUGAUCCACAGGAACCUCCUUUUGUCCACUCACGUCAACCUUCCCUCCGUCUCCGCCGCAGAAUCCGCCGAGAUCCGUCUCCAAAACGGCGUCGCUGCUACUCUCUUUCCUCACAGGUUUUUCAUUACCAGCUCCGUUUUGGAUCUUACAAUAGUGGGUUUAGAUUCCAUGGAUGGAGAUUCAAAUGCCCAGGGGCAACAUCCUCACUACUUGAAGACUUGUUCUAAACCAACUCUGGAUCUGGGUAGUGUAGUUUAUCUUUUAGGCCAUACGGAGAAAAAAGAGUUGACAGUUGGUGAAGGAAAGGUGGUUAUAGCCACUGACAAUCUCAUAAAAUUGUCCACGGAUGGAGUAAUGUGGAGCCCUGGGUCGGCCGGAUUUGAUGUGCAAGGAAAUCUUGCUUUCAUGAUCUGUGAUCCUAUGAAGCUAGCCUCAUCGCCAACUAAUAAGUCCUCAUCGACAUCUUCGUCAUCCUCGUCGUCGUGGAAAAAGGAUUUCCCUAUGCAAUUUGGCAUCCCGAUUCCCAUCAUCUGCGAUUGGUUAAACCAGCACUGGGAAGGUAGUCUUGAUGAUCUUAACAAACCGAAGUUGCCAAUCAUUCGAUUGAUGUCCACGGGCCAGAAGAGUGAGCAUUCAUGCGCUUCCUUUACACUGCGGCGAGUUUUCAAGUCAACUGAAGCGGAUCAAGAUGGAACACCAUCUUCAUCAAAUGCCAUCUCCAAAGCUAGGGAUCAGCCUGGACCGAGCUGUUCUCCUCCAGCAGAGAACACUGUUGAAGAAGAAACCCGAACAACGGAUCCACAUGCUAUGCACAUACAGGGAAUUCCUACUCCAGAAAUAUAUGAAUCCCCAAAGUUAAACGCUGUUCCUAUUCAGAAAAAACAAAGUUCUCCAGUUCAGCUUCUGGAUAUCAAUUUCCCUCCAAAAGUAGUUAGACCUGUAAGUCCAAAGCGGCCAGCCAAGCUGCUGCUCCCGAGUUCUGGUGAGAAUUUUAUCAGGGAACCAUCACGAGAGAGACCACUAAGAGAAGGGGAAGACCAAAAUAAGGAAAGAGGACUUACCGGUCCGGAUGCUAAUGCUGAAGUUUCCUCAACAGGUUCUGUGAGUGGGGCUCAGAGUGAGGUCCAGUCUAGUUCAUCCCCUGUCGAAAUUUUGGAGAUGCAGAAUGGUUAUAAUGGCUAUAGCAGUGAGGGAGAGACUAUGUAUUCUGCAGAAACCGCCGAGAGUCGGAAUUAUACAAGCCCUGGAGAGGGAAAGUUUCAGCAAGUCGGUAGGAGCCAGAGCUGUGUAAGCUACAAUAGGUGGGGAACUGUCCAAAGGAACCCGGUGGCUCGUAGGACUUUGGUUGAAAAGCAAAGGAGCUUUGUCCAUGGAAGAAAGAUGUAUUCUCAAGGGGCUACUUCUCAAAGGAGUAAUGACUUUUACAGCCCAACUGUCUCUUCAAUCAUGAAGAACCGGAACAACUUGGAGCAGAAGAACAGACCCCAACAAAGUACAGUACAUUCAUCUCCAAGAUGGAUGUUUUAAAACGAUUCUUAAAUUUGUGUAAUACUUGUGAAAGUAAUUGACAACAAAAUUCAUAGUGUUUUGCACUUUAAAUUAGUGCCCAUAUGAGUUCCGUUAGGUAUAGUGUAACAUAUUUGUUGUGCCUGUGCAUGACAUUGAUCUGAGGUGAAUAAGAAAAUU